AUGAUUGUCGUCAAUGGCAUUAUUGGUAUUAAUUCAGCUGUCUUUGGAAUGUGGUAUUAUGCAAAUGAAUCUGCCCGAAGCUUUGGUGAUCCUUCUUGGCUUUGUUUUAUGAGACGAAAUUUUACAGCCUCGCCAGAAGGAAUUCGAGAGGGUCGAAUACACACACUCUUUACAGCAUGCAUAUCACACAGUAGCGUUGUUCAUUUUGGUGUUAAUAUGCUCCUUUUACAUUCAUUUGGAACAGCUUUGGCAUUAUCUUUGGGAGCUAUGCGAUUUUUGACGCUCUAUGCUGGUGCAGGGGUUGCUGGCUCUAUCGCUUCUGUCUUUAAUAAUGCUUAUAUCCGCCCAGCUGUGGAACGGAGAUUGGGAUACGAACAUAAAAAAAGAGCGUCCCUAGGCUCUUCAAGUUCAGGAAUGGGAAUAGCUGCCAUAUACGCCCUUGCUUAUCCAGGCUCGCAAUUUCUGCUCUUAUUUGUCUAUCCUAUCCAGGCAACUGUCUGUGUGGGAUUAUUGGCUACGUUCGAUAUAGUUUCAUGUUGUUUUAUGCCGAACAACUUUGUGGACAGCGCAGCACAUUUGGGUGGACUGGCUUAUGGAUUAGGCUACUGGUUUCUUCGUAUUAGGCCUCAGGUCAGGCUUGGGCGAAUUCGAUUUUAA